CGGUCGGCGGGCGCACGGGCACUCACAAACGAAAAGGGGAAGAGCACCUAGAGAUUUUCGGCUCUUAAAUUAAUUGUGUCUCAGUCACGGCUCGUAUUGUGCCGGUGACUGACCAGUAAGAGCAUUAUUAUUAUUUUUUUUCUCUCUGUCGGACGGGAAGACAAGGUGGAAAUUAAUGAAGAGGAUGAAGCUGAAGCCCUGUUGAUACAUUCUCAAAGCCUUUCAUAGCACUCACAAAAGGAGAGAUGGGUCACAAGGGGAUGCACAGUUCACGACUCAGCUUUUAGGGUGUCAUCUUCAAUCCGCCGGCCUUGACGAGACGCCGCCAUCAUCAGUUCUCCAACUUUUGUUGGAUCCAGACACAAUCAUUCAAAUGGGGACUUUUUAAAACUAAUCCAGACUCUGCUUCUGUUCUUGAUUACCGAGGUCCACUUUGUACAAACUGAGUUCUGGUCUAGUAUGACACGAAUGCAGAUGGCUUUGUAGAGACUUCUCUUCUGAAAGUUGAACACAUUUGUUUACAUCAAGCUUCACUUCUUUAAAGCACCAAAUGUGAGCCUCUCUUCGCGCUUCACCGAGGGGGCAUUAUGUUGAGCCACAUCUGAACUCCUUGGCACCCUGUUUUCACCUUUCCCUCCCGACUUCCUGUCCCAUCUCCACCAUGACCAGUCUGAAGCGCUCUCAGACCGAGCGCUCGGUCGGGGGCUCAGUGCCGGCCACCGAUGAGUUCUACACCCGUCGCCUGCGCCUGCCUAACGGAGGAGCGCCCCCGCCCCGCAGCGAGAGCGCUCACAUCUCCUCCUCCACCACCGGCACCAACCCCGGGGUCCCUAAGAUGGGGGUCCGAGCUCGCGUGGCUGACUGGCCUCCAAGAAAAGAUGGGGUGGGAGGGGGUGUUUGGCAUAUAACCGUGGAAACAGACUCGCCCAGCUCAACCAACACCACCAGCUCUUCGGGAUCAGGGAGUGGAGACAGAGAGAGACUUAUGGGAGGGGGAGGAGGUGGUGGAGGAGGAAUGGGUAGUAGUGGUAGCGGUGGAGGAGGGGGAGGAGGAGGAGGAGGAGGAGGAGGAGGAGGUGUGUCAGCUGUAACAGCCCACAGCAAUCUUUCUGCCAAGCUGGGUCACCUGAUAAGCCCACAAGACUCAUCCAUGCUCCGCAACAUCCACAACACACUUAAAAGCAAGAUGCAAAGCAAGGGAAAGGAUAAUCGCUUCCUGUCACCAGACGGCUAUCUGGGCUCCCCUCGUAAAGGCAUGAGACGCAUCCGCCAGCGCAGUAACAGCGAUAUAACCAUCAGUGAGCUGGACGGGGAUUCCAAUGAAGGCUGGUCCUUCUCUGGGUGGACGCCCAUGCACCGUGAAUACGGCAGCACGUCGUCUAUAGACAAGCAUGGGGUCUCGGGAGAGAGCUUCUUCGACAUGCUCAAGGGAUAUACGUCGUCCGAGGCUCCGGAUCAGCGGAGCCCGGCUCCGGAGAGACUGACCGAACUUCUCACUGUGGCUCCCGUAAAGCAGGCUGCCCUGGACCUGCCGGACGGACCCUUGGGUCCGGUCCGGGGUAGUCCCGCGAGUCGGCUGAAGGAACGAGAGAAGCACUUGAAGAGAAGGUCAAAGUCAGAAACGGGUGGAGAGUCUAUAUUCCGAAAGCUGCGCAGCGUCAAGGUGGAGGGUGAUACGUCAAGAGCCGGCUCGGAUGCUGAAGAUGGAGGAAAAGGGGAUGAAAGUGGUCCCCCUCCUAAACCGUGGAUGUGCCAGAAAGGCUUUGCUCAUUUUGAUGUACAGUCUCUACUCUUUGACCUCAAUGAGGCGAUCCAGAACCGACAGUCUGGGGCCAAACGCAAGAACACCACCACAGGUGCUUCUGCCGCCGCCGCCGCCUCCGCCUCGGCUUCCUCCUCCCUUUCCUCAAAUCAGAGCGGAGUGUACGGCUCACCUUGUGGCUCGCAGGAAGAGCUGAGCAAGGACGGUACAGGAGGACACGGUACCAACCCCGCCCUGGAUCCUGGGGAUGACAAGAGCAACGAUUUAGUGCUCAGCUGCCCUUGUUUCAGGAAUGAGAUUGGUGGAGAGGGUGAGAGGAACAUCUCCCCUGCUAAACAGCAGGGAAGCAUUGGUAGUGGUGGGAGCUCCAGCUCCUCUGGCGGAGAGGACGGACCUCUGGAUGCCGCUCUCACUACCCACUUCACCAACGCUGGUGUGGCCGUGCUGGAGGCUCCCAAAGACGGGCCUGGUCAAAAUACAGACAGAUCCAAAAGAUACAUCAUGGAACACGUUGACCUUGGUGCCUACUACUACAGAAAAUACUUCUAUCUCAGAGAGCACUGGAACUACCUAGGAGUAGAUGAAAACUUGGGCCCGGUGGCAGUGAGUCUGAGGAGGGAGAAGUUGGAGGACCACAAAGAUCACGGUCAACAGUACAAUUACAGAGUCAUCUUCAGAACCAGUGAGCUGAAUACCUUAAGGGGUUCCGUCCUGGAAGAUGCAGUACCAUCCACAUCCAAACACGGUCUCGGUCGAGGACUUCCCCUCAAAGAAGUGCUGGAACACCUGGUUCCUGAGCUCAAUGCUCACUGCUUGCGGCUGGCGCUCAACACGCCUAAAGUCACAGAGCAGCUGAUGAAGUUGGACGAGCAGGGGCUGAGCUUCCAGCGGAAGGUGGGGGUGAUGUACUGCAUGGCAGGCCAGAGCAGCGAGGAGGAGAUGUACAACAACGAAGCGGCCGGUCCUGCACUGGAAGAGUUCCUCCAUUUGCUCGGAGAACGGGUCAGACUCAAAGGCUUCACCAAGUACCGAGCUCAGCUGGACACGAAGACUGAUUCGACAGGCAGCCACUCCCUGUACACCACCCACAAGGAUUAUGAGAUCAUGUUCCACGUUUCCACCAUGUUGCCCUACACGCCCAACAACAAGCAGCAGUUGCUGCGGAAGCGUCAUAUCGGGAACGACAUCGUCACGAUCGUGUUCCAGGAACCCGGGGCGCUCCCUUUCACCCCCAAAAACAUUCGCUCACACUUUCAGCACGUGUUCGUGAUUGUGCGGGCACAUAACCCUUGUACAGACAGCUGCUCUUACAGUGUGGCAGUGACCCGCUCCAAAGACAUGCCCUCCUUCGGCCCCCCCAUCCCAGAGGGCGUGACCUUCCCCAAGUCGUCCGUAUUCCGGGACUUCCUGCUGGCCAAAGUCAUCAAUGCGGAGAAUGCUGCCCACAAAUCACACAAGUUCCGUGCCAUGGCCACCAGAACUCGCCAGGAGUACCUGCGGGAUCUGGCCGAGCGCCACACCACCAGCACGCCCAUUGACCCCUCUGGAAAGUUUCCUUUCAUUUCAUUGGCUCAUAAAAAGAAAGAAAAGAGCCGGCCGUACGGAGGAGCGGAGCUCCGCAGCCUCGGGGCCGUGACCUGGCCGGUUCACGCUGAGGAUCAUGGGAACGGAGGGGAACUGGAGGCCCUGCUGGCGCUCUCCAACGACUUCCUCAUCCUCCUGGACCAGGAGGCCAAGGCUGUGGUGUUUAACUGUGCCACCAAAGACGUGAUUGGCUGGACACUGAACAGCCCUGCGUCUUUAAAGAUCUUCUACGAGCGGGGCGAAAGCGUGUCUCUGAGGAGUAUCAGUAACAACACAGAGGAUUUCAAAGAAGUGGUCAAACGUCUAGAGUGUCUUACGAAGGGAUGCGAGACGUCCGAGAUGACGCUCCGGCGAAACGGCCUGGGUCAGCUGGGCUUCCAUGUGAACUACGAAGGCAUCGUGGCUGAGGUUGAGCCUUACGGCUACGCGUGGCAGGCUGGACUCCGUCAGGGAAGCCGUUUGGUAGAAAUCUGCAAAGUUGCUGUAGCGACUCUGACCCACGAGCAGAUGAUCGACCUCCUGAGGAACUCGGUGACGGUGCGCGUCGUCAUCAUCCCGCCACACGAAGACGCUUCUCCGCGCAGGGGCUGCUCGGAGCUCUACCGAGCCCCCGUGUCCGAAUACAAGGGCGGCAGCAGCGACAGCGGCUCCUUCGAGUACAAGUUCCCCUUCCGCAGCAACAACAACAAGUGGCAGAGGACGUCGAGCAGCCCUCAGCAGUCCCUGACCGCCUCGCCGCAGCCCCACACGCCCAACCGGGCCAUCAGCCUGGGCAGCUCGGUGGGGAAGACCCUGUCGGCCGAGAGGCUGGAGAGAGGCAGCGCCAUCCCGCGCAGCGUCAGCAGCGACGGACGACCUCUGGACCCUAAGAGGAUGUCUCCGGGCAGUGAGAGUUACAGCCUGGCGUCCUCCCUGGCUCUGGGUCGUUCACCGCACAACCGCAGCUCCCCCAGCAACCUGUCCUGCUCCAGCGAGGCCUCCGGGGGCUCGGCCCACUGGAGAGCACAGAAGUCCAUGCCCGAGCAGUUUGGAGGCAGCCGCCAUUCACCCAUGUCCUCGGAGCGGCGAGAGGUGCCCGGAGACAGCGGCUCCGGGGGAAAGUCCACUCCUAAUUGGUCGAGAAUGGAGGAAGGGGGAGGAGCUGAACGAGGGGCAGCAGACGCCCCGGUGUCCAAGUCUGGCCAGGGCUACUCGGGAGCCCCGCGCAUCCAGAGGCAGGAGCAGGUCAUCCACCUGUCCCCAAAGAAAAGCAGCCAGUCUGACGGGCCGUACUCGGGUCACUCCAGCAGCAACACUCUGUCCAGCACGGCGUCCAGUGGCGGCCACAGCGACAGUGACAAGUGGUACGACAUGGGGGCAGGAGGCGGCUCCAGCGGCGACCAGGGCGAGCCCGAGCCCAACGGCCUCGGGGGAGGGGGCUACCUCCAGGGGGCCUCGGCCGACAGCGGCAUUGACACCAGCUCCUACGGCGCCCCGCACCACGCCCACCCCCACUCCCACCACGGCAGCACCACCUCCCUGCUGGCUCCCAGCGGGAGCAGAGACAGCAGGGAGCGCUCGGCCUCCCCGUGGCACAGUCCCACCGAGGGGGGCCGCAGGAUGCUGGAGAGGUCGCCCGCUGCUGCAGAGUCUCCGGGCCCCCCAGGGGAACGGAGCCUGGAAGGGGCGGGCCGGAGCCCACCGACCCACCUCCUCGUUAGAGACAGCAGUACGUUCAGUCUGGGAGAAGCUGGAUCCCACUCAAGACACUCUGGCCACAGCUCUCCCAGAGAGGAGUCGUCCUCCUCGGCCACCUCUCCAUCAUCUCAGUCCUCCGUGUCUCCUGGGCCCAAGAGCUUCUACCCCCGUCAGGGAGCUCAGUCCAAGUAUCUGAUUGGUUGGAGAAAACCUGGCUCCACCAUCAACUCUGUCGACUUCGGAGACACACGCAAAAAAUCUCCAGGGGAAGGUGGAGGAGACAUGGUUCCCACCCCGGCAGCUAGACCGUCUCUCAGGGACAUGCACUCUCCGUCUCAGUCUCACGCUAAAUCAACCAUGGAGGAAGACAUGAAGAGGCACAAUGCUCCGGAUAGUCCCCCACCCCCGCCACGGAAACACAAGGAAAAGCACGGGCAGAAGUCUCCUCCCGUCCAGCCCCUCAGCCGCCGCCGCUCGCUCCAUCGUACCCUGUCGGACGAGAGCAUCUACCGCGGCCAGCGGCUUCCCCCCCUGAGCGACUCGGUGACCGAACCAGCCCUUGGUGCUGACGUCCUCUUCAGCUGCUCCACCCUCCCUCGCUCCCCCACCACCCGCGGCGUGCCCAUCAGACGGCCCUCCUAUAAGCUGGGGGUCAAGCUCCACGGCGACCUUUCUGCCUCCGACACGUCCCUGGUGGAUUUGGUGGAGCGGCACCGCGGCCCCCUCCCUCAGGAGCUGAUGCCCCUGCCGUCCGGAGACAGGGACAGUCCUCUGGAGUGGACGCACCUCGUGGACGUGGCCAGUACCUUUGAGAAUGAGAGAACCACACACUACGUCCAGAGAAGUUUCGUGUUUGGGGAUUCAAACCACCGGAGCAGCGGUGCGUCCAGUCCCCAGCAGCCCCACAUAGAGCUGCAGCCUGCGCCGCUGUCCCGGCCCUCGUCAAGUGAGGGUCACAUAGGACUGGAGAGGAAGGUGACUAAACUGGAGGCCAUGGUGAAGAUGCUGCAGGAGGACUUGAAGAAGGAGCGGGAGGAAAAGUUGCGAUUUCAAAGCCAGAUCAAGAGGCUGUGGGAGGACAACCAGAGACUGCAGGAGGAGUCCCAGACCUCCGCCGCCAAGCUCAAGAAGUUCACGGAGUGGGUGUUCAACACCAUCGACAUGAACUGACUCCCUCCUCAGUCGGGCAGCACAGCGUCUGGGCAGAGAGGCAGGGGGAAUCCUCCUGCUCAUUACCGUUCACCUCCAGCACGAGCAAUCCUCCCUCGGUCCCUCAACACUUAGUGGUCUCUCCUAAGGAUGAGUCAAGAAAAAAGCUUCUCAAGCACGAGUUCAUGAAGGAUUUAUUUUCUACUCUUCCAGCCAGUCUUUCUCAUCCGACCAAAUCAUUUAUUUUCUCCAGUAAAGUUUCCAACAAUAGGACAGCUCCUGCCCUGCCUCCUCUACCCAAAUAAGGUGAUCUUUGCCCGUCACUCUUAUUUCAGUAGAGAACAUCAGGAACCAACAUCACCUUUCUGAUAGAUUUGCUCAGAGGAUGUGCUGCUCUUAUUUAUUUUUUUUGACAUUUUGGCCUUUCGGGUUCUGGUUUGUGUAUUUUCUUUCCCCGCUACUCAUCACAGAUCGUUUCUAACUGUGCUGAAAGAGGACCAGAGUCUCACAAAACUGCAAAUCCCGUCAUCAAGGGUGUACUGGAAAUCAAAAAUGAACCUGCAGCCACAGACGUUUUAGUUUCCUUUGGCGUGUGGAUGGAGGGAACAAAGUUAGCACCUUUUGUCUGUUUUCUCAAAAGCAGAAGUCACUGGACGGACGGUCGGUGACAUCUGAAGGAGCGUUGAUGCGCGCAUGCUCAGGAGGGAACCCUGGAUUUAUGCCAUCUGUUUCUCCUCCAUCACUUAGUUCAGGAUUAAAAACAUCCUUUCUGUUGAAUAACAGAAAAGCACAAAACACCUGAAAGAGGAGUAUUUAAAAGCCAUCGGCAAAUCGUGCCAAAAAUAAGACUGAUCCAAAAGGGCUUUGGGCCCAUCCCAGUUUUGUGUCUUAAAAGCAAUAGGAAGAAGUCUGGACUUCUGUCUUUCUCUCAAAAAAAGGGAGCGUUAUGUCUGAAGAGGUUCUGAGGUGGGAAUGAUGUUUUACAGGGUAAACUGACCAGGACAGCCAUCGUCCUUUUCCACUGAUGGAAAGGUGAGGGAGGACUCUGCCCAGAGAGCCGGCUGACGACAACAGAGACACUUUUAGGAGAAAAACAUAGAUUUUUUUUUUUUUUCCCAGGUUAAUUUAUUUACUUGUAUUAUAAUUCCCAUAAAUGAGUUGUUCUAUUCAUACAGUACAACUGACAUUAGUGUUUAGUUCCUCAAGAAAUCGGUCGCUACCUAUAUAAUUUAAAUGGCUUCCUUUCUUAAUUCUACCUAAAGCCUGAAAAUAUGCUUUUUAUUCUGUAUUCCGUUGUAUUCUGUGGUGCCCACGCCUGCCGUUGUGUUGCUUACAGUGCCCUCUAGUGGUGACCAGUGGACAUGUCAUUAUUUGUAAACGUGCUGCCUGUCACUCUGUAAUUUUUUUAAAAUUUUGUUUUUUGUUUUUUCUCUUCCCAGUGAAUAUUUAGCAAACAGAUAUAAACCACUAGGCCACACGAGCUUUCAGAGCAGGAGGAAGAGUCAGAAGUCAGCCUUCAGAGACAAUCAGGGGUGGAAUUUUAUUAAAAGGAGCAGACAGUGUGUGUUAGUGUACAGGACUGUCUCAGAAAAUUAGAAUAUUGUCAUAAAGUUCUUUAUUUUCUGUAAUGCAAUUAAAAAAAAAAAAAUCAAUCUGAUCAAAAAAAAAAAUCAACUGAAAUAUUGCAAGCCUUUUAUUAUUUUAAUAUUGCUGAUUAUGGCUUACAGUGUAAGAUUAAGAUUCCCAGAAUAUUCUAAUUUUUUGAGAUAGGAUAUUUGAGUUUUCUUAAGCUGUAAGCCAUGAUCAGCAAUAUUCAAAUAAUAAAAGGCUUGCAAUAUUUCAGUUGAUUUGUAAUGAAUCCAGAAUGUAUGACAUUUUUGUUUUUGUAAUUUCAUUACAGAAAAUCACAAUAUUCUACUUUUCUGAGACAGUCCUGUAUGUGUGUGUGUGCGUGCGCAUGAUGUUCGUGCAUAAAAUCUUCAGUUUUGCUCAGGUUCAGUUUAUGUCUGGGACGAGUUACUUAGAAAGUCGAGGUGUGUGUGUGUGUUUGUGUUUGUGUGUGUGUGUGAGAGAGAGAGAGAAUGUACAUCAGUCUAUCCAGUUGUGCCUACAGACUCGUCUGUUGGUCAUUUCCUCCCCGGCAGGACAGGGAUGUGCCUUUGCGUCGGCACCUGGGGGAGAGAUUGAAAGGAAAGGCUGUUCAUCCUGACAGAUAAACUCACCUGGUGGAGGAGCAGGCGCUCGGCCGACACAGCUCAAGUUCAAACUCUGAAUGCUUUUACUCGCCCUCGCAGCUGCUCGUCCAGGGAAACGGCUGCGAGCUGUCAGACGCACACGUUAACCGACAACGCUCAGGCGUGUGUGUGUGGAGUUUUAUUUUUUUAAUCUAGUAUUUUAGAUUGAUUCCGGUUGCUUCUCGGUCUCAGUCAGGGUGUCCUGUUUAAGUCUGACGUGGAUGCUGUUGAAACCCUGCAGCUCACAGCACAGACGAGCAGCAAGGACAGUGAAUGUAAAGUGAGGACAGACCUAAAGAGAUGUGGUGUUUCUUCUAACUGGCAUAUUCAUUCAGCUCUGCAGCUUGGUGGAGGCUCCAGUGGACUCUUCGUAAGAGUCUUGAUUCUGUUUUAAGAAUCCCGUCGGUGACACCAGUGGGCAGUCGGUUGGGUUUUAAUACUUCCUGAAAGCUAACCGCUUGUGUGAAAACCUCAAUAUGUUUAGGCAUUAAUAAACCUACUCCGUAAAUAUUUUACUGUAAAUUUGUGGUUUAAGCUGGCGUCUGGUCCAGAACGACACCGAUGUCUCAACACUUUUAGGCGUUUGAAAGCAGCGUUGUGUGUCUGAUUGUUCAUGGGAAGUGUUCUGGCCUUGGAGCCGUAGUGACGUAUGGCUGUGUGGAGAAACGUGCAGUGCAGACGUUGAAGUGUAUAAAGUCGACGGCUGUCUCUAAAGACGUAGCCGUUCAAAGGCCAGUCCAGUUUCUCACUUGUUUUUAAAAGUCCUCAGCUCUGUUUUUGUUGCUCGACAGAAGGAUUUUUCAAAUGUGAAUGUUCAAAUGUUCAAAAGUUCUUUUUAUUUUAUUUUUCAAUGUGUAUAUUAUAGAGAUCCUUUGCACAAUUUCCAUGAGGACUGAGUGUGUAGAGGUUGUGGAUGUAAGAAGAGUGAAUCGAUCUGUUCCUGUGCAGUCGUGUCUGCUUGUUGCUCCGUCGCCAGUGCGGCUCCUGUCACGCUCCACUUUAAUCCCAUUUGUAAAAUGUGGACCCUACGUUUCCUCGAAAAGCUCCACUGAUCAGAAAAGAGCUCCCUGGAUGUCGUAGGGAUGCUCGUCACGUACGGCCUGCGAGGUGGGAGCCUGCAGCAAGGGAAGAGCCCCCCUCGCCGCUCCGUCUGCUCCUGAUCCGGGAGCAAACUAACAGAAAGCUCCACAGCUCUCGCUGGUCGCCCAGCAGACCGUUUUAAGAGGACGUUUUAAGAGUACGUUUUAACGGAUUGAAAACACUGUUUACAUCCCAGAUCCAUCGUAUCUGUAAAGUGUAAAAGUAUAAAAAAGACAUUUGCAGUGAUCACAGUAUUAAAGU